AUGGCCACAGUCAUCGCCCGUUCCCAAGAUACCCCCCAGCCUGUCGUCUCUCCGCCCCCGGAGGCUACUGAGGCUCUCCCAGACAAGAUCAGCGCGUACUACAGCCUUGUCUUUCCCAACUUCACCUACUAUCUCCAGACACUCACUGUCACCAUCGGCCGGCGGUGUGUUCCUGUGAAUACUGCCUCAACCUCUGAUAAUCCUCAAGUGGACGUGGACCUCGGUCCGCUCAAGAGCGUGUCGCGCUUGCAUGCGAAGAUAGAGUACGACGAGGACGAGGAGCGCUUUGUUCUCCUUGUCAUCGGCCGGAACGGCGCGUGGGUGGAUGGUGUCUGGUCAGGAAGUGGUAGCAAAGUCCCCCUGGGCGACAGGUCGCAGAUACAGAUUGCCUCGCGGACUUUCCAUUUCAUCCUGCCACCUCCAGCACCCCCGGAGGACUCGCCCUCGCCUAGCUCUCAGUCCUCAGGUAACCGAGCACGUUCCCCUUCUGUCGAUAUCACCACAUACUCCCCACCAUCCUCAUUGCCUUCCGAGUCGCCACCCCCUGUGCACGUUCCCACCGCAGCCGUCAAGAUACCACCCUUGCCGGAGAGCGCACUGCCGAAUUCGAACGCAAUUCCGCACAAGGCGAAUUCGAAGAAGCGCAAGAAGCCCGAUGCCCCGUCGCCCCCACUAGCAGCUCCCGAGGUUAUGCCAUCGAAGCCACAACUAACCUAUGCACAAUUAUGUUAUCGCGCUAUCAAGGCUCUUGGUGGCAAGGCCUCCUUGCAGGAGAUCUGCCAGUGGAUCAAAGAUACUCACGAUUGGUACAAGUACUGUAGCAAGGAUUGGGAGAGCUCAGUCCGGCACAAUCUAUCGUCUAAUCCUGGCUUCAAGAAGCUUUUGCGCGGCAAGGACGAGAAGGGGAAAGGAGCGCUUUGGGGUGUGGAUGAGGCGCACGAGCAUGCAUUCGAGGAGCUCGACGCGCGCAAGAACGCCGUCAUUGGCGGCACCAGUGGGAAGGAUGGGAGGCUGAGCGGGAAGAAAGGCAAGGCUAUUCCGCUAGAGCCCCCGCUGAGGCGAAGCAUCAAGGGGGAACCCAAGGGCGCGCCAUUGCCUCCUCCAUUGACGUCUGCGCCGCUCGCCUUCAAGACUUCCAAUCCCACCUACCUGCCGGGUUCUGCGUCCACAUCUGCUUCUCCAGCACCACUCGCAGCCCCUCUACACCCGGCCGUGAAGGCGGAGCAGGUGCCUGUCGCGCACGUUCCUCCGCCUCCGCCUCAGCCCCAAUUGUCACCUGCCCCAGCCGGGUCUCCGCCUCUCUCAGCGCCUUCGACGAAUCCUGUUACGACUCGUGCCGCCUCGCCGCCACAAGCGUCACCACCUCCAUCCGCAUCCGGACCUUCCUCUGCAGCGCCGUUGUCUGCAAUUCCGGCCUCUGUCCGCAUCCCGAUUGUAGUCGGCCCCGUCCCGGCGUCUCACAACCCAACCGGACCCGCUUCGCCACCGAAGCCUAUCGUGCUUCACGAGAACACCCUUAUCCUCAACCCCGAGAUCUUCUCCCACUUGACGCCCCAGCACCUCCAAGACCUCGAAGCUCUCGGGGCGCAGAAGGCGCUCGAAAUCCUACAGGCGUAUAUCGUGCGCUACUACAAGGAGAAGCUCAGGGCCGAGGGUGCUCGAGGUCGGGGCCGCGGGCGUCCUCGCCGUGGGCGUGGAGGAGCGACAGGGCGAGGAUCGGCGCCUGCAGGGGCGUCCGUCCACCCUGAGACUACAUCUUCCGGUCCGACUUCGACCUCUCUUCUCUCCCCCCAGGAUUCGAAGGAAGCCUCUGGGACGCCCUCAUCCACAACGGCGCCUCCUUCGAGUGCAUCACGCGCUGCCCCUUCCGAAUCCCCCGCCGAAGCUCCGUCGCCGAUCGUCGUCGUCGACGAUGACUCCUCUCCAGAACAGGCCGAGGAGCACAUCGCGAAGCGCCGUCGCCUCGAUGAGCCUGUCGUCGAUGUCAUGACCAUAUAG